UGUGCUACCCGAUUUAUGUAAAGGAAUAAUUUUACUAUAUUUCAUGAGCUCAGGAAAAAUACCACAAUCAGUACAUUCAUUAAAUAUAUAAGCUAAGAUUGGAGCUAUUGUCUCAAUUACCGAUUUAAUUUAAUAAAUCUGUUGAUCGAAAAGAAAUUCGGGGAUCGAGUCGAGCGGGAUCGGGAAUUGUAGUUUAUAAAAUAAUUAAACGUUAUCAGGGUCUUGGAGCGGGGGCGGAGUGCGCGUGGCGCAGGUGGCGCCGGGCGAGCGGUGGGCGGCGCCGCUGUCGGCGCGGGGCGGCGCGCUGUGGGCCCGCCCCCUGCUGCACGCGCGGGGGGCCGCCGCCCCCGCCCCCGAGCCCGCGCUCGCCCCCACGCCCGCCCCCACCGCCAUCGACUGGCGGGACGCGCCCUCGCACCCUGCGCUGCUGCACUACGAGUGCAGGGCGCCCCCUGACUACGUCUACAGGUUCUGCUGCUCUAUUAUCCGGGAGCGCUUCCCUCCGGACCGCGGGGAGCCGCUAGCGGGGCACACGCUGACGCUGGUUCCGGCGCUGCGGCUGGAGAAUCUGCUGCCCGUGGAGAUGCAGUACCGCUGCAGCCCCUCGUCUGCUGCCGCGCCCGCCGCCGCCGGCGCCCUCGCCGCUGGACAGACGAGGCCUUUCCACGAAGUGAACGUGGAGGAGGGCGUGGAGCUGUCGGUGCGCAUAGAGGGGUUCGGGUGGUCGUCGGCGCUGCUGGUGGGGGGCGGGGGCGGGGGCGGCGCCUUCACCGCGCGCCUCAAGCUGCGGGACUCGCGCGGCCGCCGCCUGUACCUCACCGCGAGGGUCAACAUGUCCAACACCGACGCGGUCAUGGUGUGCGUGUCGGCGGCGUACUGGCUGGUGAACCGCAGCGGGGUGCCGCUGGUGUUCCGCGCGGAGGGCGCGGGCGGGGAGGCGGCGGGGCAGGGGGCGGAGCACGAGCUGGCGCGCGCGGUGGCGCCGCUGCUGUUCUCCUUCGCGGGCGCCGACGCCGCGCCCACGCUGGCCGCGCGCCUCGGCACCGCGCGCCACCACAACGCGCAGGUCCCACCACGCAGGCCUAUGUUAACGUCCGUAAUGGCAAAAACGGGAAAGUAAUAGAGGAUUCUCCACAGUGGUGCUCCCCGUUCGGUCUGGGCCCCGGCGUGACGGUGAAGCGGCUGACGUGUCGCGGGGUGGGGGCGGGGGCGGGGGAGGCGGGCGCCGAGGCCGGGGAGGAGCGCGAGUACUGGGUGGGGGUGGAGGUGCGCGCGGGGCGGGGCCGGCGCCGGCACACCAACGUGGUCACCUUCACGCCCAGAUAUCAGCUGCACAACAACACGUCCUAUAGAUUGCAGUUCGCGCAAAAAUGCACCGCUACUACUUUGUCAGACCCAGGUGCGAUGUCGACACACGUGGUGGCAGUGCCGGGCUGCUACCUGCCGUGGCACUGGCCGCGCCCCGCGCGCCCCCGCCUGCUGUGCGCGCGCCUGCUGGGGCCCGCCCCCGCGCACGCGCCCCUCACCGCCUGGUCGGGCGGGUGCCGCAUCGAUGAACCGCGGACCACGCACUUCGCUUGCAGGUACUACCUAUUAUAUUAUUGUGGUUUACAUGA